AAAUCAAGUCUUCGCACCGUCACAUCUCCAACAGCGACGCCGCCGGCGUCCAUCGGCAUAAAUUUCCCCAAAGCGAACGCAAGAGAUAGGCCAGGAGGCGGCGCUCAAGCAGCUAGCUGCUUUGCGCAAAGAGGCGAACUUGAAUUUGCGCUCGCCAACAGCCACCAUCGGGGGAUUGCUCAAGUGCACCGCUCUGCAUCAUCGGCUAACAUGUCGCGUAGCAGCAGCACCUUCGGCGGCGGUGCUUCCAGCUCCACCUCACGCUGGGACACCGCCCGGCGUCAAACUCGGCUCCUCGAGUCCUCUCUGGAUGCAAAACUGACGCUGUACUCACGCGUGCCAAACGAGAUCGCAAGCUUGUCCGCCGGCGGCGGACAUGGCGAUGGCAGCAGUUCCUCGAUCUAUGGCGCAUACGGAGGCAACAAGCGAGAUUUCACAUCUGUAUCAAUGGACGGCGCCAACGGAGAUAGCAGGAUAGACCCGCAACUGCAAGAAGCAGAAAUAGAAAAUCUCUUGGUUGAGCUUACCGCAUCGGUCGACUCGCUCACGACGCUGCUGGACGACCCUAGCGUGCCGCCCUCCACGGUGCAGAUGCAUGCAGUGCAGCGACAUCGAGAAGUUUUGCUCGAUUUCCAGAGGGACUACCGAAGACUCAAGACUAACGUGCAGCACGCGGUGGAUCGACGAGACUUGCUGGGUAAUGUGCAACAUGACAUUGACUCAUACAAGGCCAGGUAUACUUCGGACACGGAUGCACUGCUUACAGAGCGGUCUCGUCUGGACAAUUCGCAUUCGAUAAUCGACUCAACGCUAGACCAGGCCUAUGCGACACGGCAAGACAUUGCAGCGCAGCGAGAUCUGAUCGGGUCAAUAGCAUCGCGCAUGACGCGCACUGCUCAAUCCUUGCCCGGCAUCAACGGCGUCAUCACCAUGAUCAACAGACGAAGGCGGAGAGACAGCAUCAUCAUGGGUCUCACCAUCGGCAUCUGUACUGUGCUCAUCCUCAUGUAUAUGACGAGUGGAUGGUAACGACUCAGAAUAUGAACACAUAGAUGGCGGUAUCAGUAAAAUGCAUUUUG